AUGGCAGACCAAGCAGUUGCUGACUUCGGCCUCAUCGGCCUGGCUGUGAUGGGCCAGAACCUCAUCAUGAACGUGGCUGACCAUGGAUUCACCGUCGUGGCUUUUAACCGCACAGUCGAGAAGGUCGAUAGAUUCCUUGCCAACGAGGCCAAGGGAAAAUCGAUCGUUGGAGCCCACUCGGUGCAGGAAUUCUGCUCGAAGCUGAAGAAGCCCCGUCGUAUCAUGCUGCUGGUUAUGGCUGGCAAGCCUGUCGACGACUUUAUUGAGAGCUUGCUCCCCUUCGUCGAAAAGGGUGACAUCAUUAUUGACGGCGGCAACUCUCACUACCCGGACUCCAACCGCAGAACCAAGUACCUCGCCGAGAAGGGCAUCCGGUUCGUAGGCACCGGUGUCUCGGGCGGUGAAGAAGGUGCUCGCUAUGGCCCUAGCUUGAUGCCCGGCGGUAACGAGGAGGCCUGGCCCUAUAUCAAGGAUAUCUUCCAAAGCGUGGCGGCCAAGAGUGAUGGUGAGGCCUGCUGCGACUGGGUUGGUGACGAGGGUGCCGGACACUACGUCAAGAUGGUGCACAACGGUAUUGAGUAUGGAGACAUGCAAUUGAUCACCGAAGCGUACGAUAUCAUGAAGCGAGGUCUGGGUAUGACCCCAGCUGAGAUUGGUGAUGUCUUCGAGAAAUGGAACAAGGGCGUAUUGGACUCCUUCCUGAUUGAAAUCACCCGUGACAUCCUCCGCUACAAUGACGACGAUGGCACCGCCCUGCUCGAGAAGAUCCUUGAUGCUGCCGGUCAGAAGGGAACCGGCAAGUGGACUGCUAUCAACGCUCUCGAUCUCGGCAUGCCGGUCACUCUGAUCGGAGAAGCCGUGUUCGGCAGAUGUCUCAGCUCGCUCAAGGACGAGCGUAUCCGAGCCAGCAAGGUGCUCAAGGGACCCGAGCCGGACUUCAAGGGAGACCGUCAGGAGUUUAUUAACAACCUCGAGCAAGCUCUCUACGCUUCCAAGAUCAUCUCCUACGCCCAGGGAUUCAUGCUUAUUCAAGAGGCUGCUAAAGUAUACGAGUGGAAACUGAACAAGCCGUCCAUUGCAUUGAUGUGGAGAGGCGGCUGCAUUAUCCGCUCCGUCUUCCUCAAGGACAUCACCAACGCCUACCGCACCAACCCAGAUCUAGAGAACCUGCUGUUCGACGACUUCUUCAACAAGGCCAUCCACAAUGCCCAGGCCGGCUGGAGAGACGUAGUCUCCAAGUCUGCCCUCUGGGGCAUCCCAACCCCUGCCUUCAGCACUGCUCUCAGCUUCUAUGAUGGCUACAGGUCGCGUGACCUGCCCGCUAACCUCCUACAGGCCCAGCGAGACUACUUCGGCGCCCACACCUUCAGAAUCAAGCCCGAGCAUGCGAGCGACAAGUAUCCCGAGGGCAAGGACAUCCACGUCAACUGGACAGGAAGAGGAGGCAACGUAUCUGCCUCCACAUACCAGGCUUAA